AAAUUCCGCUAUGUAUGCUAUUAUUAUAACGCAUAGGGAGAGAAAUAAACGCGGGGAAUCCCGAAGUCCCCCUCCCGUAUUCACAAAGACGUGAGCAACUCAACGAAUGCUUGAACAGAACUGAUUAGAUGAGGGCUUGUCUUCCCAACGGCGUACAACUUCAUAAAUAAACGGGUGCAGUCUCCAAGCAAAAGCAGUGUUGAAGUACCAGCCGUUUAGACUGUUUCGUGAAGACGGAAUGAUGGAUCAAGUGAACAGAGUGAUUUUUCUGCUACUAAUGGUUCUAGUUCUGCAAUGUUCUGCUAUAAACUCUUGUUUUAGAGACGAAGUUUGCGUACCGGUGCGAUACUGUCCGGAUAUUCGGGAUGUCAUACAGCCGGAACCUGUUUACCGAAAAAGAGCGUGGGAAGAGUAUCGAUGGUGCCACCAACAGUCGGGCGAAGAGCUGCGGGUUUGCUGCGGCCAGGAAAGCACCAGUGUUGGGAAGCGAUGUUUCACAGCAAAAUCGCGGAAAGGACGAUGCGUGGAUCCCGAACACUGUACUCUUGCUGGGCGUUUCUUGAGGGGAAGUAUGCAACGCAACGCCUCCUAUGCUUCGGAUGAAGAUGUUUGUUACCAUAGCGAUGCCGAUGGAAAGGACUUCUACUGCUGUCCUGAUGCCUAUGUAAACGAGCCGCAGAAGGACCAAACACCUAGGGAAAGGGAAAAGCGAAGUUUGAAGGUUGAAAACGCACUUCCAAGCUGCAAUCGAACGGAUGGUUUUACCGGACACUGUGUGCCAAUGAGCCUCUGCGACAGAUUCGGCGCUCUCGUGUUAGACAGAAUUCCAAACCUUAAGUACGAAACUCUUCCAGACGCUUAUAAAUGUCCUUCGGAUGCCUCCGAUAGCACUUCCAUGUGCUGUGCGCAUCCGGGUGCGCCUCACGAUUUUAUCAGACACGCCAAAGCCAAGAAAUUACAUCCGGAAAAUUGUGGCCUGAUUCGGACGCCCGAUCUAGUGCUAGGCGGGGACGAAGCUGGCCUCGGGGAGUUUCCUUGGAUGGCCAAUUUGAUGGGUCUUCGGGACUCUAUCAAAACAGCGGUCUGCACUGGUACGUUGAUCCACGCUCGAUACAUUCUGACGGCUGCGCAUUGUUUCACACUACCAAUUAAACCGAUUUCGGUCCGACUGGGAGAGCACAACCUCAGUACAGAAGAAGAUUGCGUAGAAAACGAUUGUGUCAAGUACGUUGAGUAUGCGAUUGCAAACUGGACCAGUCAUGCAAAGUUUAAGAGAACGCCAGGGCUGUAUGAUAUCGCCUUGGUGAAGUUGGACAAGCCCGCUGAGAUCAUCAUGGAUCGAGUCUAUCCAAUUUGCCUUCCGGUCACGCAAGAAUGGCUGAUGAUGAAACCCGCUGAACUGAUUGCGCCCGCUUGGGGUCUUACGGAGGACGGACGGGAUCCGGAUGUCCUGAGGUUUACCACUAUGCAUACUUUGAGGGAACGCCCAUACUACUGUAAGCAAGAGCAAAUGAUUUGCGCUCGUGGAUCCAAUGGGAAAACACAUGGUAGAGGUGACGGCGGUGGACCCUUGCAACAGGCGGUACGCUACGGAGAGCAGUAUCGAAUGGUGCAGUUUGGGUUGAUUUCUGGGGGAACUGGGAAGCGUACUGUGGAUGAUGAAGCCGUGGAAGUGUCCGUUUUGGUGGGAUACCACAUCAAGUGGAUUUUGCAUAAUAUGGAUAUUUAGAUUGUGUGGCAAUGAAAUGGAGAAUAAACGCAAUAGAUAGAACGACCAUCGAAAUCAAAAAUCGA